AUGUUCGACAAAGCUAAGAUCAAUGGAGAUUCCGAGGCAACCGAUCAGCAAGUUGUCCAAGCUCAACUAGACAAGCUUGACCUCGACAAGACGGGCUUCGAGGAGCUCCAGCUUGCCCGCGUCAUCACUCGCAAGCAGCAGCAGAUCACCUUUUUCAACUAUAGCUCUGACAACGAUGAUUCUGACUCGGACGAGGACGACGGCCGUCUUGUGAACCAGAAGGAAUACCAUGACAAUGGAAUGGCCCGAUACUUUCGCACUUAUCAAAACCGUGUCGAUGCAAACGGCAUGCCAUACCAGCGCAUGAUUGAGGAGAAGCACUUUGAUAUCGAUGGAGUCUGUCGUGUUGACGUCCACUUUGCCGUUGGUCAGCCGUAUCUAUAUCGCAAGCAUUUCUGGCCAAACCAAAGGCUAAAGUCGGAAUCGGUCUUUUGGGUCGAAGAUGAGGUCACUAUGUCCUGCAAGAAAUGGGGCCACUGGCGUACUUACUACGACACCGGUAAUGUUCAGACCGAGAUGCAGUAUCGUGACGGAGUUCGUUACGGCUUCUGCAAACGCUACGCACAUGACGGUGCUAUUGAAUGGGUCAAGGAUUACACCAAGCAAUAUCUCGAACGAAUUGAACAAUUCAAUGAGAAAAAGGGCAAGGUUGCUUUCACGGUCAUGGAUGCCUGCGAGAUUCUUGGCUUUGAAGCAAUUCCUCCGUCCAUGAAGGAAGUCAACUCCCAGUAUCGCACAAGAUGUGCCCCCGUGCAUCCAGAUAAGACGCCAGAUCCGGAUGCCACAGAAGUCUUCAUCAAGAUAAGCCGUGCUCGUGACGUUCUCAAGGUCUUUUUUGAGAAGCAGGCCCAUGGUUGA